ACAAGCAUACAUCUAUUGAGAUAUAUGUACCUAAAGAAAGCAGUAGCAGAUCAAAGGAAACAUGUCGAAUUUACUGUUCAUGGAUGAAUCGAAUGGCAAUGGUGUGUAUGCAACGUCUGCGACAGCAAUUUUAAUCAACAAUACAAAUAUCAAUAAUAAUAACAACAACAGCAAUAAUUACAACAACAAUAAUAACAACAACAGCAUUAACAACAGUGGCAACAACAUCCAAAGUUUAAUGGCAGCAGCUUCAAAUGCAGCCGGUACGGCUGCAUGUUCCAGCGGUGGAGUCAUCCCUCCCCAGCUGCCAACGUCACUAUCAAAUGAAGAUCUUAGUCAAAGUCUUUCCGAAUAUACGGAUGCCGAUGAAAGCAUAUCAGCGCCAACAGAAUUCUUAGCCGAGUUUCUGUCAUCAGUCAUGCUCAAGGAUUACAAAAAAGCUUUAAAAUAUUGCAAACUGAUUUUGCAGUAUGAACCACACAAUUCGACAGCAAAGGAAUUCUAUCCAUUGAUAUUGGACAAGUUACGUGGUGCCACCUCGAGUGACAGUGACGAAAACUAUAAUAAAUCAUCAUCCUCACCGGAAUUAAUACUGGAACCCCCCUCAUCAGAUCCAUCGGCUGGAGAAAGUGACGAACAGGAAGCAUUAGCUGGUGAGGAAAAGCUACAUCGUCAGCAUAUACGACGACCGCAUUUACCCGACGACUUACGUUUGGCUGAGGGCAUUUUAGAUCCCAAUUCAAAUGUGAGCAGCAACAGCAAUAGCAUUGAAGACGACAUUGAUGUUGGUGAUGAGGAAGAAGAAGAAGAGGAGGAGGAGGGUGCGGGUGGUGUUCUUAGCAGUGGCUCAGUAGGUGUUAGUCUUAGCGAUUCCGUAGAUGGUGACGAUGAUGAUGAUGACGACGACGGCGAUUGUGAAGAUGCCGAUGAUGAUGAUGAUCCGGAGGACGAUGAUGAUGACGAUAUUAUGAGCAGCAGUGGUGAUGAUUUACCCGUCGAUGAACAUCAGGUCAUUGUCGGCGAUGUACUAGACAUAGAAAACUCAGGUAAUGCAUGUGGUGGUGCUGAAGGUGUCGAUGGUGUAGCUUUAAAUGGUUCAAAUUCAUCACGAAAUUCUUCGAGUGGUGGUAAAAUUAGUAGCCGAAGUGACAAUACAACACACUCAUAUUCGAGUCUAUUGUUGGAGGAGGAAGAUGAUAUAGUGCCUGCAAAUCUACACUUUCCCAAGGAUUUUAAUACACCUGAUUUGGAUGUUAGCAAUGGUAAUAAAAUUCCAUCAACAUCCUGCAGUGAUUCGGAAUCACCAACAGAACCGCUGACGCAAAGAUUAGCAGCCAUUUUACGCUCAAAGUGUGGUGUUUCAAACACCAAUGGUUAG